AUGCCUCCCAGCUGUAUCUCAACCAAAAAGUUCAAAUGCUACUGUGCAGUAUACAGAAUUAAAGUAGAAGGAUAUAAUACCGUGUCUGCUCAAACACUUAAAUGUCAUGAAAGAGAUGAACAAAUUACAAUCAGAGGGCAAAUCAAUAGGAUAACACUAAUCAUAAAUACUUUUUUGCAAGCCACAGUAUAUUCAGCCAAUCAAGAGAGCAAUUUCCAAAAAAUGAAGAAAUAUUUCAAAGAAACAUCUGAGGUUGUCAGCCAUAAUGAAAUUAAUUUUGAAGAUAAAAAAUUGAAUGACAGCAUGAAAGGGAUAGAAAUGUCUGCUCAGAUAAGAGACUUAUCUCUUUCUGAAUCUGAUGCUGUAUUUGAUAUUAAAGGCAAUAAGUAUGCAGCAAGCAAUGAUAUUGAUGAAGAAGAUGAGAGUGACGAUGACAUAAGUAAUUAUGAAGGUUUUUCUUUCAAGUCCAUCUCGGAAUUGAGUUUUAUCUACUGUUUCAUUAUAAUUGUUAUUGUUUUCUUUGUAUCAUUAUAUGUUGUUGAUGAAGGCACAGUGAUUUUGAUUUCCAUUGUCAAUAAGAUUCUGGGAUUCUUUAAUAAUUUGUUUUGUCUUUCAUUGAGCAUUUCUGAUCUCAAACAACUUGUGGGAUUUGGUAGCUCAACAAAAGGAAUCAAGAAGUAUACUGCCUGUGAUGAAUGUCAUAUGAUAUACAGUUGUGAUGAAUGCGUUCCAUUAUGUUGUACUGCGACUAAGUUUGGUAGUAAUAACCUGUGCUCAACGUCAUUGCCUAAGUCUGAAUCAGAGUCAAGAAUUGCAAAGAUAUACAUGUACAAUUCUGUUGUUUUAUUAUUGAAAAUAUUUUUCUAUCAUUCCGAAUUUGAAAACAGUAUUAAUUCUUGGAAUCGUAGUCUAAAGGUAGAUGGAAUGAUGUUUGAUGUGUAUGAUGAUGCUAUGUGGAAAUCGUUGUUGAACAUUGAUAGAAUUAUAUUUGUGUACACCAAGUGCUCACUGAUGUUCACAUUGAAUAUCGACUGCUUUCAGCCAUUUGACAGGGUGACACAUUCAUGUGGAGCCAUAUACCUUGCUAUCAACAACCUUCCAUGCAACAUUAGAUUUAAGAAAGAAAAUGUGAUCCUUGUUGGAUUGAUGCCAGGGCCAAGGAAGCAAGCAUAUCUAACAUCAAUAACUAUCUGA